AAAAAAAAAAAUUGGACUCUUUAUUCUUUUAGGUCACUAUGAGCACAUGAAAUAAGCGCACGAUAAUUAUAGGUCCCAUUCUAAGUCUUUGUUCAUUGGGACAGAGGCUAUAAUACGGCCCGUGCGCUCUCUGAUAAAAAAGAAAAAAAAAUCGGUCAUUCAAUAAAUAUCCCGGGAAUUUAUAAAUAUCUUCAACCAAAAGGUUUUUUAAAAUCGCCCUUUUAUUCCUUUAGUUUUUCCAAAUGUUGUCACAGGAUCAACGACAAAUUAGACAUACUCUCGCACGAUUAGCGUUAGCUAAGGCUAUUAAAACACCAGAUGAAAACGAGCCAGAAGCAGAGCCUUGGACUAAAAGCAUCAUAUUUAAUCAACCUUUCUUGAAACAGUUACAGAAGCAGCAACAUCAACAACAUCAACAGCAACAACAUUACCCGAAGCAGCCACAGCAACAGCAGCAGAAGCAAUAUCCUCCUCAGACACAACGCCGCGAUAAGGUCUUAGACAAUAAAUUGAAGCCACAGGAUAAUAAAAAAAAUCGCUCCAGUUUGGUUAUUGAAAAAAAAAUGUCUGAAUUGAGUAUUAAAAAACAUGCUGCCGAUGCCGCAGUUGCUAACCGUGCCUACCUACCAAGUGAUUCGGAAGAGGACGAUGACGUUGAUGACGAUGACGAUAAUGAAGACGAGGACGAGGACGAAGACGACGACGAUAAAUCUGAAGAUGGUUCCGAAGUUAUUAAAGACCUAUUUCAGUCACUCCAAAGCCUCGCCCAAGUAGUAUAGAUUCUGCUAGGGAUGAUAUCAGUACCCCUUCAAGAGGGUCGAAUUCAAGUCAUACAUUACCAUUAACUGACGAUGAUGAGGCAUCCCCACCUAUUCAUCA